GAACACGGCUGCGUGUGAAACCCUUCCCUACUACAACACACCAAUACAUAAAGCCCUUCACCUCCCUCCUAUAUUUCUCACAAUCACAAGCUUCAUUCUUUAGCUCUCAAUAUCUGAAAAAACUUGUACUAUACUACUAGCACUAAAAUGGUUUUGGGUUGGAGAAGAAGGCGCAGCACCACCAGCCACCGUGCCACCGCAGCGAAGAAGCAGCCUUCGCCUGGCAACCUCGACAUGGACCAACUCGUGAUCCCAAAGCAUUUUCUCUGUCCGAUAUCUCUUGACUUGAUGAAAGAUCCGGUCACAUUGUCCUCCGGGAUAACCUACGAUCGGCAAAGCAUUGACACGUGGUUGGAAGCCGGGAACUUCAAGUGUCCGGUGACGAAUCAGGUGCUGAGAAACUUUGAUAUGAUUCCUAACCAUACUCUCCGAACAAUGAUCCAAGAAUGGAGCUCUCAGAACCAACGCUUCGGCAUUCACCGUGUUCCAACUCCUAGAGUUCCCAUCAUGGCAGUUGAGGUGUCCGAGAUUCUGUAUAGCAUCACAGCCUCAGCGAGACGCGUGGAUCAAAAUGGCUGCUUAGAGAGCGUGCAGAGGAUCAAGAAAUGGGCGGGUGAGGGUGACCGGAACAAGAGGUGCAUCGUGGAGAAUGGAGCGGCCUCUGUUCUUGCAUCUGCAUUUGAUGCUUUUGCUAGCGAUGGCAUAAAGAAAAAUGGUCGGCUGUGUGAAGAAAUCUUAUCAGCUUUGAGUUGGAUGUUGUUUCAGUCAUUAGAUGAAGAAACCCAAAAGUACUUGGGAUCUCAUGCUUCUUUGGAUUGCUUGGUUUGGUUCCUCAAGGGUGAUAAAGAUCCUUUGGUGAAGCAAAACUCGAUUCUUGUAUUGAAAGAGCUUCUGUCUAGUUGCAAUGAUCAGAACAAACGUGCAGUUGAAGCAUUGGCAGAGAUUGAAGGAGUCAGUAAGAUACUUUUCGAUUUCAUCAAGGGGAAAGUUUCCAUGACAAUUACCAAGGCUUCUUUAACAGUAGUCUUCUACUUGGUUUCAUUCAGUGAGAAGUUCAGAUCAGCAUUCUUGGAGAUGGGUGUGGUUUCCCUUUUGUUAGAGACCAUUCUCGACUCGGAGAAUGGCAUAACCGAGAGGGCUUUGUAUAUUUUGGAUUGUCUUUGUGACUGCAAAGAAGGGAGAGAGCAGGCCUAUGCUAAUGCUUUGACUAUACCAGUUUUGGUGAAGAAGAUUUUGAGGGUGUCGGAAAUGGCAACCGAGCAUUCAAUCUCUGCUGUUUGGAAGCUGUGCAAGAAUGCGACUAGGCAAGAAGAGAGAGUACUUGUUGAGGCUCUUCAAGUUGGUGCAUUUCAGAAGCUGUUGCUGGUUUUACAAAUUCGUUGCGCAGGCGAAUAUGGCACAAAGGAUAAAGCAACUGAGCUUUUGAAGCUCUUGAAUCCAUACAGAGCUGGAUUGGAAUGCAUCGAGUCUGUAGAUUUCAAGAGUAUUAGAAGGUCAUUCUGAGAUUCUUUACAAAGAGAAAUUCUGUUCUUUGAUUUCUUUCUACUAAUUUAUACUUCAUCAAUUUGAUGAACACAAUCAUUGCAGACUGUUAAUUUGUUAGAAUAAUAAUUUGUUCUCCAGAGUUGUACAAUACUGCUAUUAAGUGGAAUUAAGAAAUGACAUACUAUUCAUUACUGAAUGUUUCUCA